AUGAGCGACCAGUCCGAAAUAGAAGUCGAUAAUGACGAUGAAAACCGUGUGUUCAAUGAAGGUAAUUACUAAUUAUUAUUGUUAUUAUUGCGUUUAUUGUUAUUACCUAUUGUUGAUCAUUUGUGACAAGCUCCCCUAGCCAGUUUUAGGUUACUAGUAUACUUUUUUGUUCCUAAUAUUUAAUUUUUUAAUAUUUGGUACCUUCAAAAUAUAUAAUAUAUUUAAAUUGUUACUUAUGUCCUAUUUUCAUUGUUCCUAAUCUUAAAUUUAUUAUAGUUUCAUACUAUUAAUAAGUACAUUUUCUUGUCCUUGUUGAUAGUUUAUCGCUACACCUAGGUUAGUAUCUACUUUUUGAAAUUUUGAUUGAAUGGGUGUUUUUUUGUCACAUUGGUCAGCACUUCAUGGAUAAAGAUUAGAUUGUGUAGUUUUUACUGCUAUUAAAAAAGUAGCGGUGAAAAUAGCAGUAACUGUUGCUUGGUAUUAUGAUUACUGCUAUUUUGAAAUCGCCUAUGAAAAAUCGCUGCUACUUCUAUUUCACUGUAGUCUAUAAUAAUAGAACUAAGGUUCCAUAUUUUACAAAUAUUUAAAAGUUAAAAUUCGUUAAUACAUAAUAUUGAGCUAGUCAUAAUUAGGCAUCCGUAAUAUAAUGUAAAUGUCAAGUAGCUCUUGUAUUGUUGCGUUUCGUCGAUAGAAGUUGUGUAGUAGUGAUAAUAAUAUGAUUACUACGUACACUGCGUCUCAAACAAAUCUUAAAAUGACAGGGAAUCUACUAAUUGAUUAUUUAUUGAUUAUCACUAUGGUUUAAAUUAAAAUAGUACCUAGGUACACUACAAAAACUGAACGUUUCAUGAUAUACAAAAUUCCAAAAAAAAAAAAAAAACUGCGUUACAAUAAUUAAUAAUACAAAUUAUUAUCUACUUAUUACCUACCUACCUAUUUGUAAAUUUUAUUUUAUUUUUUUAUAUUGAUUAGAUACCUUUGGAUGAUUACCAUGAUACUUAUGACAAAUUUCCAUUAUUUUUUCAAGUUAUUAUUAUUUAUAUUCUGUUAUUUAAUUAUAAUAAUAUGCUAUAAUUAAGUUUGCUUUCUUAAAACUGAACACAUUUACUAUGUACUUGGUUUUUUGUUUUGGGUAUCCUUAUGUCCAAGUCAUUCUGUAUAUAAUUCUCUAUUGUAUCUCAUUUACUUAUUGUACUUAAUGAGGUAGCUAUAGAUUAUAUAAUAGUAAAACAAAAAAAUUGAAUAAAAAUUUUGUUCAAUGACAAUCAAAUUGUAAAAAUAAAACAAUACUUAAUAUUAUUUAUUUUAUGGUUUUAUUAUUUAUAUUAGGCAUAAAAGGUAAUGAGAAACAGGGUGCAGUUUAUCUAUUUAACUGAUUUAACCCUUGAUUUAACUUUGGAUUUAACUACCCUGUUUACAUAUCUAGAUGAUUUUUUUUUUUAAAUAAUAUUUUGUCUCUAAGCAUUAUUAUUAACAGGCUGAAUAAUAUUUUCAUAAACGUACAUUAUCUCUAAUGAAAUUUGUUUUUGACAUUCAACUAAUUGUAGGCUACCCAGCAAAACUUAGGCUUAAAAGUGCUACGAAAGAUAUUGAUACAACAGAGCCAUAUGUAAAUAGCCAUAUAUAUAUAUAUAGUCCAUAUAUAGCCCAUGUAGAGUUUUAUAAAUUGAAAUUAUACAGAGUUUCAUUUAUGUGGAUUACCUCUGAAAGUAUUAACUUUUUUCAGAUUUUUAUUUUUUUUUUUGAACAUUAUUACAAAACUAUUAUAUGUAUUACCCCUAUUUUUGGAGAUGAAUUGAUUACUUACUUUUAAUUUUCAAAUAGCAAUCUAUAUAAAAAAAAUUCCGUAAUAAAUUAAUUUUAAAUUAAUUUUGGUAUUGACAUUUUUGAUUUUCAUUGACUCCUUGAAGAGAUAUUCUACUUUUAAAAUUAAGCAGAGGAAGUAGUAGGCAUUAUUAAAACAACCUGCAUUAUGCUGCCACAUAAUCAAAGCUCAAUUGACAAAAGAAGAUAAUGAAAAAAAAAUUGUUGAGAAGAAUUUUGAAUUGAAUUAUAUAUUUUUCAAUUUUAUUAUUCAAUGAAGGGGACAAAAAAAAAUGUUGUGUUUGGUGUGGUAUCCCAUUUACUAUCUGUUAGUUUUCGUAAUAAAUUAUUCCUUGUUCGGACUUCCAAUUUUUGUUUUUCUACACUGCUCUUUAAACGUGAGGGUUCUGUCUAAUGUAACCCCUAGAUAAACUGGUUUUUCUGUGUUUUUCAGUGGUUUUCCAAGCCACUCAACUUUGAGUACCCUUUUUGUCUCAUGAUUUCGGAAGUGAAAGCAGCAUAUUUGUGUCUUAUCUGGAUUUGGUGUUAAUUGGUUUCUCGUAUAAUACGUUGAUAAUUCUUAAAGAGUUUUUGAAAUCUUACGUUUGACUUUUUGGAAUGUUGUGUCCUGUGCUGCUACGGCCAUGUGGUCUGCGUAUAUAAAGUACCUUGUUUCUUUUGUGAUGGGUUGGUCAUUGGUGUAUAUAUUAAAUAAAUUAAUAAUUAAAGAUGACAAUUCAAAUUUGUAGUUGUUAAUCAUAAUACAAAUUCAUAAAAUUAAUUGAUCAUUACAAUAAAAAAUUAUUUUAAUUGAUUAAAUUAAUAAUAUUAGGGUGCUCAUUUUUUUUUUUUAUUUAAAUUUAUCAAAAAUGUACACAAAAAAAAGGGCUAAAUUAUUCACAUAAUUAUUUAUCUUUUUUUAAGCUAAUAGCGUUAGUUAGAGAUAGAGAGUUUUAGGUACAUUAUAAUAAUAAAUAUUUAUUGAAUAAGAUUAAAACAUUAUUAAGACUGAAAUAAAAAUAUAUAACAUACACAAGGACUAAUUCUGAAAACAACCAAUGAUAAAUACAUUUUCUAACAUUACUUUUGUAACAAUGAACAUUUUUUUAUAUAUACAUGGUAUAGAGUUGGAUUUCUGGUUAAAGUGCACAAGUUCUAAGUAGUUUACAAAAGAUUGACCAAAAGAUUAGCUAGGAAAUUUCACAGAAAUAUUUUAUAGUCUAUUUUCCCUUUUACUUUCAAUAAAUCUGCAAUCAUUACCUUUGAUGAACUUUUUAAAAAUAAACAUAAUGAUAAUUUUUUUUAUAGAGAAAUUUGAUUGAGAGAACACCAAACUACCUAUAAUUUUCUUAUUGUAGAUCCUUGUUAAGAGCAUUUAUUUAAACAAAUUCGUAUUAUAUUAUUUUGAUGUGUUAGUAAUUUUCUUAAAUACCAUCAUUUAUUCCACCCCAUACUAACAAAUCAUAUUGUAAUAUUUAUUGGUUCCUUGCAAAAUAAAUAAUCUGAAUUAUUUGCUUAGGUACUAGACACUUCCGUUUAUGCAAUUUUAAUGUUAAUGAGAAGAUUUCCAACUAGAUUUUUAGGAGUGUAGAAGGAGUGUGUUACAUUAUACUUUUGCAUCAUUAUUCUUCUUAAUUAUUACAGUUCAUAUGUAGAAUUAGGUAUGUGUAUGCUGUUUGGGGUGCCAAAUUUUAGAUGGAUUUAAAAUUUGGGUACUAAACUUGAUGACUACUCUGAUAUUAGGAAAAAAAGUUGGGGAUAAAAAAAAGUCACUGAAAAAAAUAAUAUUCUAGCUAUCCCAGUCACGCGUUGCUGUGUUCUGAUUUUUAUAAAGAAAGAUAUGAAAAUAUUAUAUUGUAGGUACCUACCUAAAUUUAAUGAAACUGUAUUUUCUACUGUAUUUGUUAAAAUAAUAAUAACAAUAAUAGUAAUUUGAUUUAUAUAAAUAAUUGGUUUUUCUAAUCUUAUCUAAAAUAGAUGACAAUUGACACACAAUAUAGGUUAUAUAGUUUAAUAUAGCAGGUACUUAUCAAUUAUAUGUAUCGAGUUCGUGUUUUGAGUUGUACGAGUUUUCUAGUGAACCAUGGAAGUUCCUAAAUCCAAUAGAGGAAAUGGCAAAAUCACAUUUCAUGGGUACCUAACCUAACCUAACCUAACCUACACUAUAGGUAUACAAGAAAUAUCAAAAUAUCAUCCAAUAGAAAUGUUUAUUAAUUAUUUAAAAUUAUACAAUGAGUGAUUUAUCCAUUUGGUUUUUUUUAUUUAGCAAUUUUUUACAGGAGACUUGUUUUCUGUUUUUCUGAUUUCCCUAGGGUACUAAUGAUAGUUAACAUUUAACAUGGUAUGUGGUAUUGUGGUUUUACGAUAUAUUUUUCGAAAUUCAUGAUACAAUAAUUACUUUGCAUGAGUAUCAUGAUUACUGAUUACUAGGGUUGUGUAGUUUAUGAGUGAGUCUACUUUUUUCAUUGAAUUAAAUGAAUUGAAUCAGUAACUGGACAAUUAAAUGCAACAUUACCAAGUACUAACACUGUAAAUAAAUCCCGAGUAAGUCUACUUGUAGAGACAUUUUAGUUUUUUUAAGUAUUGGGACAACUAAACCAAACCAGUUUAUUCAUUAAAGGGGGGGGGGUCACAAUUUAUAUCUCUACUGAUUACUUUGAAAAAUUAUUAAAUGAUUGAUAACUAAUGUAAUUUAAUAAAUUAAUUGUAAUCAAUUUCAUCCAACAUCUGGUUACCGCUUCUUACUUUUAAAACAUAAAAGCAGUAAGUAAUCGGUUUUUGGUUCAUAAUUUAUCAGUUUUUAAUGUUGAACCAGUUUUGAGCCCUGAUUAACAAAUUUUAUAAAACUGCUGUAAAAAAAUCUAUUAGGAAAACCAAAAUAUGAUUCCUCAAUUCAUUAACUAGAUCAAAAGGCACAAGGAAAUUAUAAAAUUAUUUAUUGCAGCGAGAUUUCUGGUAGAAAAUUUUUUUAUAGAAAUAAAUUAUAACUUGCAGGGUUUUGCUAACCAACAUAAUGUUAUUUUAAAAUGUUUGAUAAUUCAAAAUAAAUAGGAUGAGUGACAUAACCAAUACCACCAAUAUACAGAUGGAAAAAUUAAUAUUAUGUUGAUUGCAUUUAAUAGAACACAAUUUCUAACAGAAAAAAAAAAUUUAAUUUAACUUACUGUUUUAUAUCAAAUCAUUAAUCACAUAAUAUAUAGCAGCUGUUACAAGAAUAUUUAACCUAAAGUUAAUAACUUUUUUCUAUUGAAUAUUCUUAAGGUUUUUUUUGUAAUAAAUACUAGAGCUCUGCACUAUAAUAUUUUUAUGUUUUAUAAUAAUAUAUUUUAAUACUUCACAACUAAAAAUAUAAAUUUAGAUUUUUUUUACUAAAUUUUUUUAAUAAUUUAAGAUAGUUAAUUUUUAAAACUAUUAAUUAGGUUAUGUCAAUAAUUUUUAAAAAAAAUGUUUAUAGUUUCUUCAAAAUUAAAUUAAUUUAUUGACAAUUUGGAACGAAUACAGUUUAGCUAGCUACCAAGCAAUUUUUUUGAAAAUUUUUUUCCCUAAAUGUGUGUUUUUGCAUGUUUAAUUUGAUGGUACUUUCAAAAAAAGUUGAUCAAACUUAAUUUUGAAAUGUCAAAAAAUAUCACUCAAACUUCAUAUGUAAAAUAUGGUUAAAAAACUUCAAAAUGCUCGAUUUAUCUAAAAAUCGUGCUUUUGUGUUUAAAAUACUAAAGAUUUAAAUUUUCGGAAAUUUUAUUUUUAUAAAUAGUAGUAAUUAUAUGCUUAACAUUUUGAUGAAAUCAGAAUUCACCUAUCAUUAUUACUUUUUAUGUUAUUGUUAAUAAUCCAUGUAAAACCUAAUUAUAAUGUUAUUUCAAUCAUUUGCAUAUUAUAGUAACUCAAAAUUGAUUUUUUGGACUUUUUUCAUUCAGUGUGUGAUAACUUCAAAAAGUUUUGGUGGGUAAGUAUAUAUAGGUAGAUUUUGAUUUCACCAGAAUCUUAAGCAUAUAAUUAUUACAAUUUCUAAAAAAAAAUUCAAACUCAAAACCCAAUUUUUAGAAAAAUCAAGCAAUUUUAAGUUUUUGACCAUAAUUUACAAAUGAAAUUUGAGUUACAUUUUUUGAAAGUAUCAUCAAAUUAUGCAUGCAAAAACACACAUUUUGGAAAAAAAAUUCUAAAAACUCAUUUGGAAGCUAAACUGCAUUUAUGUCAAUAAUUCAUUUUUGUAUUAUUAUAAUAUUUUACAAAUUUUAAAAUGUUUAAAAAUAGUUGAUUGAAUGUCAGUAAAAGUUAUUGAUCCAAAAUUUGUCUAAAAAUUAGGUUUACAAAAUGUCUACCUUGAUUUUUUUUUUUUCGAAUUCCUCAACAUUAAAAUUAACCCAAAAAUAUUUAAAUUAUAGCGACAAGAUAUAAAAAUAAUUUUAAAAAAAAAAUGCUUUAUUUUAUUUUUAAAUAGUCCUGUCUCACUCUACAUCUUAAACUGUCUACGUUCCAUAAAAAUUAAUAAUUAACUUUAUAAUGACUAAGACAUUUUUUAUAUUUUUUUUAAGUUAAUUACAAUUUAUAAUAGUGAUAAUACUGUAUAUUUUAAAUUUUAAUAUGUAUUUAAACUUAUAAAUUAAUUUAAAAUAUCACAUCAACUUGGUGAAUUUUCUUAAAUUUAGAAUGAAUUAAAAACAUAACAAAUUUUUUUUUUUUUUGUAUUAUAAAUAUUUAUGUAGUAAUUAAUAAAGAAUAAAGUAAUUAUUGUAAUAGAUUAUCACAUAUAUUUUUGGUAAUUAAUAUAAAAUAUUUUAUAAAAUGAUAAUUAAAUACAAUUGAUAAUUAUUUUACCUGAUAAUUUUUGUUCUAUUAUAGCUGAAAAAAAAAAUUAUAUACAUUAAAAUACUUGUUUUACUUGUACUAUAGUAUUAUAUAUUCAAACUCUGUGAUAAUUCACAAUGAAGUUUUAAUUUUUAACUGUUUUGAAGGUGUACCUAUAGUUUCCAAAUAUUCAUCUAGAUAAAAGUAUUUUUUUAAUUCACUCACAUAGAUUUUUUAACUAAAUGUUUCUAACUGACAGUGCAAAUUUAUUGAUGUUUUAAAAAUUGUUUAAUGUAAGAAGAUGCUGUAUUUUGUCUAUUUUGUUAUGUUAAUAACAUUUUUAAUUAACAUUAAUAACAUUAAUAAAAACAUUAACAACCAAAUUGUUAACAAUGUCCAUUUAUUGAAUGCAAGCAUGUUGCAUCUUAUUUUAUGGCAUUAUUGUUCUUAGCUAUCUAUUUCACUAUUUAAGUUCAAUUGUAUAUUUAUUUUGAUAAUUGAUAAUUUAAUAAUAUUAUUAUUUAAAUUACGCUACCUACUGUUUUAAAAAAAAAAAUUAUGAUUUUUAAGACACCAAAACCUUGAAUUUGAACAUUUUUGAUAUAUGGCCCUUUUACAUUGAUUGAUGUUGUGUAAUAAAUAGUUUAUAAUAAUGUAUUGUGAAUGAACAAUGAUAAAUUAAAUAAUUAAACUUGAUAAACCAUAGACACGUUAUCCGGGUGAGAUGUCCUCUUAGAUAUAUAUAACAUUGAAUUUAAAAUUCCUUAUGAAGGUACAAUAUUACUACCUGAAUAAUAGUUUUUAUUUAAAUUGUAUAAAUAAAUAGGUAGUUACUCUACCAAUUUGUUGUCUUUUUUAGGUGAGCGGCUUUUUGUCUAUUAUAAUAAAGAACUCUACGAGGGAAUAUGUAAAGAAACACGCCAGUCCAUUGAUUAUCGCAAACUCGAAUUUCUGAUCCACUACAUCGGUUGGAAAAAUAAAUGGGAUGAGUGGAUGGAUGAAAGUCGACUAUUGAAGUGGACUGAUGUGAAUUAUAUUUACUUUCAGCGUGCAAAAGAAGCGAGGAAAAAGUAACUAUUGAAUUUAUAUAUAAAAUAAUUAACUGCAAUAAUUCUUCUAUAUUAAGGAAAAGAUGUCCAAAGUAAGAUGUUUUUGCUCUUCUUGUGAUCUAUGUUCGGCUGGAUAAAAAAAGGUUUCCCUCACAUUUUGAUAUUUUAAAAAUUUAUUAGCCCAUAGAUUAAUUAAUUUUUUGAAAUUUAAUAACCCUUCAAAAUUUUAAAAGGAAUAUCAAAUGUCUAAAAAUGCAUACAUUAUUCCUCUUUAAAAGAAAAAUAAAGUGAAUUAUGAAUUAUUUAUGUUCUUAUUCUGUUAGUUGUAAAAUCCUACAUCAGUGCAACACCCCUUUAUGCAAAUUCAUUAACAAUCAAUUUUUUUUCAGGGUAAAGAAACUAGUAAAAAGGAAAAAACCUAAGGUGAACAUGAACCAAAAGGAGCCAAAGAAAACACAGGUUAGAAUACAAAUAAAGAAUAAUGAACAAAAGAAAACACCCGAUAAAGAGGAAAAGAUGAAAAGUCGGGAUAAGAUUCAAAAAAAGAAACCUAUUAAAAAACCUAUGAUAGUAGAUAAGAAAGAAAAGAGGAAGAAGCAAGAUAAUGUUGUGAAGAUGUUAAAACAAGAUAAUAUCGAAAAGAAAAAGCGAGAUAAUAUUGUAAAGAAGGUAAAACAGGAUUGUAUUAAAAAAACUAUGAUACUGGUUAAGAAAGGAAAGAAGAAGCCAGAUAAUAUUAUAAAGAAAGUAAAACAGGAUAAUAAUGAAAUUGAAAAGCAGAAUAAUAUUGUAAAGAAGAAUCAGGAUUGUACUAAAAAAACUAUGAUACUGGAUAAGAAAGAAAAGAAGAAGGCAGAUAAUAUUGUUAAUAAGGUAAAACACGGUUAUGUUGAAAAGAGAAAACUAAAUAAUAUUGUUAGAAAAAGAAGGGAUUGUAUUAAAAAAACUAUGAUACUAGAUAAGAAAGAACAGAAGAAGCCAGAUAAUAUUAUAAAGAAGGUAAAACAGGAUAAUAAUGAAAAGAAAAUGAAGAAGCAGGAUAAGAUACUAAAGAAAAAACGAAAGAAGGAAAUAUCUUUACUUUCUUCUCAAAUUGCUUCCCAACAGGAAAAUGAAUAUAAAAAACAAGAAACACUAGAGAAGGAUUCUGAGAAGAAAAUUUCUCUGAUAUCUUCUCCACUUGCUUCCCAACAGGAAAAUGAAUAUAAAAAACAAGAAACACUAGAGAAGGAUUCUGAGAAGGAAAUGUCUCUGAUAUCUUCUCCACUUGCUUCCCAACAGGAAAAUGAAUAUAAAAAACAAGAAACACUAGAGAAGGAUUCUGAGAAGGAAAUUUCUCUGAUAUCUUCUUCGCUCACUUCUGAGAGAAAGGAAUAUAAAAAACAAGAAAAAUCUGAGAUAAAUUUCAAUAAAGAAUCAAAAUCUCUGAAUGUGUCUCACUCUGUUCGAGAAUUACCCCCCACUAGCUCAGGUAAAAAUAAUAUUUCAAUUAAAUGAUUAUACUAGUAAAAUAAAAUUAUUUUCAUUAGAGUAUUGUGUGAUAUUAUUAAAUGUCAAUAUUUGUAUUGAAAGUCAUCAAGAUUCUGUUUCAAAAUUAAACAUUGUAGUCCAAUAAAAUUGAAAAAAAGUUAUGAAUUAAUUCCUAGAAAACCGAAUUUUAAUACAAAAUAUUAGUCUUACUAAUGAAACAUGCUAUAAGUCCCUAGGUCCAUCAUAUAAAUUAAUAAUACUGUGUAACUAUGUUAUUACUUGAUAAAACCACUUAUUACAAUAAGAUUCAAACUGAUGGGCUAGCUACACAAAUGUUACAUGUUUAUUUUGUGCUUUAAUUGUAGUCAUUUGUACUUUCUAUGCAUCACUGUACAAUUAUUCAACUAAAUCAUUUAACUAAUCAAGAUUUUUGGUUUUUUUUUAUUAUACUUUUAAAUAUAAAGAAAAGAUCACUAGUAUUUUUUGCCUUAAAUAGAUAACAAUCUUUCAAAAUUUAAAGGGGACAUAUCCAUUGAUGGAUAAUUGAUACUUGAUCAAAAGUUUAAUCAAUAUUGAUGCUAAACAAUCAAAAUUUUUUUUUGCGUUUAUCUGUAUUUGCAGUGCAAUAUAUUAGGAUAUGCAGUCAAUCAAUUUUAUUAUUUUCUGUCAAUAAAAGAUAAUUUUUUUUUACUCUUUGAUUGCAAUUUAAUAAUGUAUUCAGCAAUGAAAGUAGACUGCUUAAACACCAAUAGAACUAAAUUUUUUAAAUUACCUUUAAGAUAAUUUAUAGACUCUUUCUCAUUGAAAUCUCAUCAAAUUUCUCAUCAGACCUUAAAAUUCCAAAUAAUGCUGAGUUAAAAAAAUAACAAUAGUGAUAAAUUCAGGAACAAUUUGUUUAAUGAUAUUUGACAUUUAUAUGCUAAGUGACAAUGUAAUGCAUUUUUUUCCAGAUUUAACUUAAAUAUUGGAAUUUGUGUGAUCAAUAAAAAUUUCAUGAUGAAUUGAUUGUAGUGACAUCCAUAUUUAUCUUUGGGGGGAAAUUUUUUCCUCAGAAAAAUUAUUUGAUAAAAGUUUCAAGUAGUUAUAGUUAAAAAAUCAAUAAAAUGCUUUGAAAAUUAUACUAUGUCUAGAAAUGGCUAACUAUGUAUUUGGUGAAAUUGUAAGGUCUUGAAUUAUCACUGAAUUACAAAAAUAAUAAAAAAUAACAAUUAUAAUAUGGCAUUGUGUAAACAUUUCUGUUUAUUAGAGGGUUUUUCUUAAGAAAACUACAAGGAAAAUUAAAAAUGAUGCACCAACUUGACAAAAUAAAUUUGCUACCUAAGACCACAUUCAAAGUUGAUAAUUGGAGCAAGAUUUCUGGUAAAAAUUUGUUCAUUGACAAAAAAAUAAUAGGUGCUUUAUCAAUAAUAAAACUAAUACACGCUCAGAAUCUAAAAAAAAAUUGAUUGUUACGACAUAAUAUACAUGUAUAUUUUUCUUCUUGGUAAUCUAAAUUAGAGAAUUUCAAUGAAAAUAGUUAAAAUCACUAAAAACUUCAAAUUUUCUUGUGUGAUUAAAAAUUAUUAACAUUUUCAAUUUGAAUUUAGUAAAAAAUACAUUUUUUUCAAAGUUUCAAUUCAUAACUAUUAUUUUAUUUCCGAUAAUUUAUCAUCAUUUUUAGUAUCUAAGUUAAUAAAUCAAUUACUAAUAAACUCAUUACAUUCUAAUACUAUAUUUUCAACUUCCCAUUUACAAUAGUGUAAUAACCAUGUAAGUAGAUUAUUUACUCUCUAUAAAAUAUUAUAUUACAAUUACUUAUGGGGCUUUUCAAAUUUUGAAAAAUUUAAAAAUUAUUUUCAACAUUUCAAUUACCACCUUAAAGAUAAGAUCUUCCAACUGAUCCACUUCCUGAUACUAAUUUAAGAGAAAGAGGUGAGGCUGUUUUUACUGAUAAAUAUAACUAAAUGGAAAUAGUGAUAACUCAUUAUCAAUUCAAUAUUUUAAACAACAUUAUACAAAAUUACAUUGAACUCUGAUAUUUUUAUUCAGAUUUCAAAUGUACAAAAAAAGGCUUGAAAUUUACUUUUUUUAAAGAUUCAUUAUAAAUGUUGAGAAUAAAAUAUUGAAAAACAAAGUUCAAUGUAAUAGAUUAUUUUCUUCUAUAAAUUUAAAAGAAAAAAAUUGUUUGAUUCUCUUAACCAGUAUCACUAUUUUAGUAGAGUGUAUUUUUGUGAGCAAAACAACAUUAGCACAGGGUGCCUUAAAGUAUGCUACACCUCCAUCUAGUGUCUCAAUCUAACGAGCAAUAUAUCAAAAUUAUAUUACUUAUUUAAAUAUAUUUUGGCUUAAGAUUUAAAUCUGAAAACACCAACUAUAAAAUUUAAAGAGAGAAAUAUUUCUGAGGGCUGUAUAUAGCUUUUUUCAAAAAUGUUUGUGUAAAAAAUAGUUAUAGUCAUAUUGUUUUUUGUUUUAAAUAGUUGUAAUUUUUUUGUAUGAUAAAUUUGUAUAAUCAGCUCUAGUGGUAUUAUUCUCUGUUUAAAUUUAUUUGUGUUUAAAAUAAUUUAACCCAAGCACAACCAUAUUUAUGUUCUAACUAAUGUAAUUUUCUUAUGUUUGGUGGUUAACCAAAGACAGUAAAUGCGAGCUUGGUGUCUUCUAAAAUUAUGUUUGUUUGUUUGUUUUUAUUUAGGACCAAUGAACCUGCAAUGGCCUAAUAAGCCAUUAACAACAGUAUGUGCUAAAUUUAAAGAUUUGUCAGAUUUUUUAAAACCUAAAAAUGAAAAUGGAUCUACAAAAUAUGAACCACCGAUUGUACUUAUGUUGGGUAAUAUUUUUAAUAUUAAAUGAUUAAUUUAGUUUUUAAAUCAAUACAUUUUUGUUUGUUUUGACAAAAAUAGUCCAUUCUCAAUUAACUAUCUUUCCUUAGGCAAACUUGUGAAAAAAAGAAGUAAUUAUUAAAUUUGUAUAUUACAGAUGCAUACUGGCUCACUAGAAACCAGGAAUUUCAGGGUGGGCCCAUUAUAUUUUCCUGUACUAGUUAUUAAUACACUUGUUCACUUUUUUCAUUAAUAAUGAUAUAGUUUAGACUAUUUAAAAUUUUAAGUAUUUAAUCUACUUUUAUAGUAGGAUAUUAAAAUUUAUGCACAAGUACAGUUUCAAUGAACUUAAUAAAUUAAUGAUUUCAUGUAUCAUAGCUAAUAUUAGUAUUAUUAAACUUAAAUAUAUAUACUUUAAGGAUGCGAAUAUCAUCAACUUCAAAAGUAAUAUCUGCAUUUCUGAUUUCAUCUAAUUGGUACAUUUGAAGGUAGUUUUUUUUACUUAUCCUAAAAUGUAGUAAAAGUGAUAAAAUUUCAAAAUUAUAAAUUUAAAUUUAAUAUUGUUUGUUUUAUAUGGAUAAAACACCAAAAAAUUUUUAAUCACUUUCAAAACAUUUGGACAAGUUGUUCCCCAUUAGUUGUUUUUACAAGAAAAUAAAAAUUGAAAAUUUAUAGUCUAGAUUAUUUUUUUUAUUAGUCUUUAAAAUUCCAAUUUAUAAUUUAUAAAAACAAUGACAUUUUGAUUACUACUACUACUGUUUCUGUUGGUACAAUUUCUAUUUACUUUUUAUUUAGAUAAAACUCAUUUUAACAUCUACACAAAUGCUCAAAAAAUUGAGGUUUAUUAAAAAUUAUACUUAGAGGUAAAAAAGUAGUAGAGUCCUCUGUAUUAAAUGAGAAGACAAUAUGUGCCUGUGUUUAUUAUAUAAUAUAUGUGUAAAUAUUACAUCUAUUAAUUAAUAACAUUAAUUUAUUUUUUUGAAAAUUGUAGAUAUGAGUGGUAAACUAGUAAUGAAUAGCCUACCUAUGAAAACAGCCUACUCGAAUAAACCAAAAACUAACCACAUCGGAAUUUCAAAGGAAAAACUGAAAAGUAUUGAAUUUUAUUAAAUUUUAAAUAAUUUAAAUUUGUAUGGUUUUAUUGUUAAAAUGUAUUUAGUUUUUUAAAAAUACGAUACAAUUUGAUACACAGUUUAUUAAUAGCCAAAGUCCACAUACAUCAUGUAUGUUCUUAUAUUUGGCUAAUAGAAUAUUAGAGGUAAAAUGGAAUAAAAUAAUUGUUUAAACUUACUUUAUAAAUUACUAACAUAGCAAUUGAUAACUUAAAUAGAAUUGAUUAAACACUUUGAAUCAUCCAACAUUGGUCUUUUAAAAGAUUUAUCACUGUUCUUAAUAUGAAGAAUUGAAAAAACUAAUGAAACUACUUAUCUACUUGAUGUAAAUUAGUGUUGGUUAGUUAUUAGAAAAAAAAAAAAUAAAUUUUAACUGAAACCGUAGGUAUUCAAUUAAUAUUAUAUUUUAUAUUUAUUUUAAAAUUAUUAUAGUUCCAAAUCAAUUAUUUAAAUUUAAAUAUUAACAGUAAACUAAAUCCAGCUAAUAAAGGUCAAUUUAAUUUAAUUUUGAUAAUUUUAACUUAUUUCGUAGGUAUCUGUUUUAAUAUUAAUUAAUUUUCGUUUUAUUUAAUUAUAGCCCCCACUGGUACAAUGACCUCACUUCGGACCUGUCCACAUUCAAGUUUACACAAGUCAACGCCACCAGCUCCAGUCAACAGGUCCGGUCAUCAGUAACUAGUGGGGGGAAAUAUUAGUUGGCAAAUUGCUAACUAAUAUCCCACCAACUAGUAUAAUGUAAAAUAAAAUUCAAUCUAUUUAAUAUUGUUAAUAAAUUAUUUAAUAUAAUAAAACCCGACUUUUCAAAAGGACCUUUAGUUUUAUAUUAUUAUAUUAUUAUUUAUAUUUUAUAUUAUUCCCUUAACCUAUAUUUACCUAAUCUCUCAUUAAUCUAAUACCUAUAAUGACCUUCAUUAUAAGUUAAAAAAAAAAUUUAUUG